UCAGAGAACCAGCAACUUGGAAACUUCCGCAGAAACAUUCCUCUGUGAUGAAUGCAGCCUGUCCCAGAUCUCUACCGUUAUCUGAUGUAUGGACUAAUAAUUAUAAUGGUGCAUUUCAUUUAUAAAGUGCUUUGCGAGAAUCGAAAGGCGUUUACAACAGACUGAGCAGGCAGAAGGGCAGGGCAGAGACCCUUUCCUCGAGGUGAGUGGGCGGCUGGCAUAUCCCCAUGCAGCACAGAAGCAGACGUCGGGCAUUCGUUUGGCAUGCCCUGCCGACAAUGCCAGAUUUCAUUAAGGAUAACCGGAUUGUCUCGGGGGGGAGUUCACGGCCAGCGUAGAGCAAUUAUGCGGAGAAAAGGCCCCAUUUUGAGGCUAAUUGGAUCUAAAUGGGUGUCGUUGUGCUGGAAAUGCUUGCCGGCCACAUUCCUGAUUACCAGGAAGACGGAAGAAGGGAGGAGGGGAGGCUCACAAGUGACGACACAACCCAGGACAGCCGACACGGAGCAGAGCGGAACCCCGGCCCUGCGUCCAGAGUGGUAGAAGUCAAAAGAAACAGAUCAGACCAUCUGUAAGACGUGUACGACCGCUGGCUGCAGAGCUCGGAAAUCCGGGAAACCUAACCGGCAGCGAACAGCAGAGCGCGGAGACGCAGGGGGACUUCAGAGCCCGACCGCCGAGCGGAUCCCAGCACCAUGUGCACGGGGAAGUGUGCGCGCUGCAUCGGGGGGGCGCUCAUCCCCCUGGCCGUCAUCUCCAUCCUCUGCAACAUUAUCCUCUUCUUCCCCGAUGGGAAGACCAAGUACGUGACGGAGGAGAAAGACGGCUACGGCCCCCGCAUCACCCAGGAAGUGAAGUACAUGGGGGGUCUCGUCGGAGGGGGUAUCCUGGUGCUGAUCCCAGCGAUCCACAUCCACAGCACUGGAACCAUGGGGCUCUUCGCCAAUCGCUGUGGGAUGUUCCUGUCCAUCGCGUUGGCCGCCGUCGGGGUGAUUGGCGCCCUCUACAGUCUCACCGUGGCGGUGCUCGGCCUCAUCAAUGGUCCCACCUGCUGUGUAAUUUUCAUUUGGAGCACGCCUUUCAAAGACAGGCAGGACAGCUACCUGAACAACAGGAAUCUCUGGAACUUGUGCACGGAGCCCAAGAACGUGGUGGAAUUCAACCUGGGACUCUUCUCCAUCCUCCUGGGGGCCAGCGUGCUGGAGGUGCUGCUCUGCGGCUUCCAGAUGGUCAACGGGCUUUUCGGGUGCCUGUUCGGGACGUGCCUGAGGAGGGGGGUGCUGUGAGGCGGCUCCGUCGACACCCUUCCUGGCCCUCUGGUGGCACGAAUCUCCUCCACAGCCUCCACAGAGGACCAGAGAAGUUCCCUGGUUUCUUCCAUAAACCUCCACUUAAGGGUUUUAUUGGAUUACAGUUAAUGACUUUCUGCAUUAGCGGUCUAAUAUGUGUACAGCUUUCCUUGCCAUGAUGUCAUGCUCUUGCAUUUGAACUAACUUGCCCCCCCCCCCCCAUCAGCAGAAACGACGCCAUCCAUCCAUCCAUCAUGAUCGCUCCACCUCGCUCUCAGCCUGGUGUGACCUCAUCGUGUGUCACGGUUGUUUCAUGCAUUGUUUUUGUUUACAGAAUAAAACCAUGUUUUAUUGUC